UUGUCUCCAGGUCCACUGAUAAUGUCUGGUUACACAAGUCGUCUGUGGUCUCAUGACUCCCAGCCUCAGUUCUGGACCAAGUACCAGGUGUGGGAGUGGCUGCAGCAGGUUAUGGACAUACACCAGAUCGAUGCCUCCAGUAUUCCCUUCCAAAACUUCGACAUGGAUGGCCAUCAGCUUUGCAGUCUAGGCUAUCAGGACUUUGUCCGUGCUGCUGGCAGCGUGGGACCCAUUCUCUUCCAAAACAUCACAGAACUCAAAUGGAGUGGGCAGUGCAACGUGGAUAUAGGACAGCUGGAGCUCAAACCUGAUGACUUUUCCUCUCCAUUUCCAGAUGUCAGCUAUCCACCUGGAGACAUCUACGAUCCCUCAUUUCACCCUCCUGCAUCUGAUGCCUCUCCCACUCCUUCUAGUCCUGAUAUCAAACGAUCUUUCCAACGAGGUCAUCAGGCCAAAAAACACAACCCAAGAGGAACCCACUUGUGGGAGUUCAUCAGGGACAUUCUGCUGAACCCGGAGCGGAACCCAGGGCUGAUUAAGUGGGAGGAUCGGACAGAGGGAGUUUUCCGUUUCCUGAAGUCGGAGGCAGUGGCACAGCUGUGGGGAAAGAAGAAAAAUAACAGCAGCAUGACUUAUGAGAAACUUAGUCGUGCAAUGAGAAUGGUUAACAUCAUCAUCAUCAUCAUCAUCAUCAUCAUCAUCAUCAUCAUCAUCAUCAUCAUCAUCAUCAUCAUCAUCAUCAUCAUCAUCGUCAUCAUCAUCGUCAUCAUCAUCAUCUUCAUCAUCAUUUGUUUAUACUAUUACAAAAGAGAAAUCUUGGAACGCGUAGAUGGACGCAGACUGGUGUACAAGUUUGGGAGGAAUGCGAGAGGAUGGAGGGAGACGGAGAAGUGA